AUGGAAGGGGUAGUCAAAGGAGACAAUGUUUCUGUUACAUGUAAAAUAUGCAAAAGGAAUUUUCAUGGGUCACAUUCAAGAGUGAAGGCUCAUUUUCUUAAACUCAAAGGUUAUGGUGUCAUUGCUUGCCCCAAAGUCACAUCAGAACAGCAGUCGGAAAUGUUAGAACUUCUAGAGUCUUGUCAACAACAGUUGAGUAACCGAGCACCUAGAAAAGUUCCUUUGCCUCCCUCUUCAAGUUUGACAGGAAGUGGUUCGAGUUAUUUUCCCUUAGAGGAGCGGGAUAGUGCGACGAAGAAGAGAAGGGGAGUGAGUCCGCAACUAACCAAAGCUUUCAAGAUUGAAGAAAGACAACAAUGUGAUGCUGAAGUUGCUAGAAUGUUCUAUACUAGUGGACUGCCAUUCAAUCUAGCAAAGAAUCCUCACUACCAGAACUCUUAUAGUCGUGCUUCACAGAUUCUAGGCUAUGUUUCUCCAGGGUACAAUCAAUUGAGAACCACACUUCUUGAUAAUGAAAGACAUCAUAUUGAACGGAUGCUACAACCUAUUAAGAAGACUUGGAGAGAAACCGGUGUGAGUUUAUGUUCGGAUGGAUGGACUGAUGAUCAAAGGAGGCCAUUGAUUAAUAUGAUGGAUGCAUGUUCCAAUGGGGCUAUUAUGUUGAAGGCAAUAAAUUGUGAAGGGCAAUACAAAGACAAGUUUGAAGUUAGUAGAUUGCUCUUGGAAUCCAUCAAUGAAAUUAGUUCCGAUAAUGUGGUUCAAGUAGUGACCGAUAAUGCACCUGUGUGCUCUGCUGCUGGUGCAAUUGUUGAGAGUACUCACCCUCACAUAUUUUAG